ACACUGCACACUGUUCAGGAAUGAUUUGAGGAACAUAAAGGUGUUGUCCUGAUCUCCAAAUUCUUCAGAUGGUAAUCUGAUUGAGCAUCUGGGAUAUGCUGGACCAACCAGUCCAAUGCAUGGCAGCUCCACCUGGCAAGUUGAGGACUUAUAGGAAGUGUGCUUAGUAAUGCUUGAUUGCAAAGAAGAAGACUGACCAACUGCAACGAGAGACUAGAAGAACAGUGUGGAGAAGACGUCAGAGGAAAAGCAAUCCCUGAAGACAUCUACAGGUUAACAGGCUACAGGUGCUGCAGAAAUUGGACUUCCUGUUACAGGAUACAAACACCGUCACCAGAGAGAAGAUGAAGAUGCAUGGGUUAAAACCACAACUGCUGCUGAAGAGUGAAUGGAUCAACAGAGACCAUUGUUAUAUGUGCACAAAGAUACUGGAAACCCUACUGAGGGCUUGUGAAUUGUUUAUUAGUCAGUUUUGCUCUAUUCGGCCAUGAUCUGUGCAGUUAACUAUAUUUUUGUAUGUAUACUAUAUUAUGUUAUACUGGACUCUGUUGCUGACACCCCUGCUUAAAUCAAACCAGGCAUUCUCCACACUUCUUAACAGUUGUGCCGUUUGUGUGGUAGAUCCAGCAGUAUGAGAUGAAGGGGGACAGGAGAGGAUUCUGUCUAAUCAUCAACAACUAUGACUUUCGUGCAUGCACACUGGGGAACAGAGAAGGAACAGAUAUUGACAAAGAAAGGCUGGAGGUUGUAUUCAAGUGGUUGGGAUUUGAGGUCCUGGUUGAACAGGACUGCAAUCGCCAUCAGAUCCUGCAGGUGCUGAGGAACCUGGCUGCUCGUGACCACACGCCGGCGGAUUGCGCGGUGUGCUGUGUGUUGAGCCAUGGACGAGUAGAAGGCAUCUGCGGGGUUGAUGGAGAGAUCGUAACCUUUAGGGAGCUGAUAGAGACCCUGAGUCCAAAUGAGUGUCCCUCUCUCUGCAAGAAACCCAAACUGUUCUUCAUCCAGGCCUGCAGGGGUAACAACAAUCAGCCAGCAGCAUUUCCUCAAACUUGCUCAGAAGACGAGGACAUGCUAUUCAGCGAUGCAGCUGUACCCAGAGACUCCAUACCAGAGAUGGCAGACUACCUGUUAGCCAUGUCCACUGUACCACACUACGUCUCAUACAGGGAAAAAAGCAGGGGAACCUGGUUUAUACAGUCGCUCUGCCACAGCCUGCAGCUGCUGGUGCCAAGGUGAGCACUUC